GAACCCCUGUAGAAGGAUAAGCUCGGAACGAUUCUUGCCACGGCAUUUUAAAAAAAUUCAAAUCAAAAUGAAGUGGUUGCUUUGCCUGGCUAUUCUUCUUUGCUUGACUUCAUUUUCUGAUGCAUGUGAAAAAGAACUGGUAAAAAACUGCACAAAAUCUUAUGUGACCCUGUUGGACAAGAAACCAGACGAAGGCUCUCACUGUACGCGCUUAAAGGAGGUAUUUGACUGCUUUUGGUCAAACAGAGACUGCAAGGGUCAAAACAUAAGACGGUGGAGAGGGUGGGUAUUAAUGGUUGCAACUUUGGAGACGUUUCUUGACAUAUGCCCAAGGGACGAUCAGCAGCUGCAAAAGUUCUACGAAUACCUUCCAGAUGACUCCAAACCAAGACGCAUCUAUGAGCGGUUAAAGGCGAAACCUAUAUCUGCUAAGGACAAGCAGUGCGCAACCCAAAUCCACAACUCGUGCAAGAAGCAGUUCGUUGAGCUGGUCCGAAAAAAUCAUCGCAUUUGUGAUGAUGGUGGCUACUGGCUAAAAUGCUAUGGGGAAAGCGGUUGUGACAAGGAGUCGGCGAUUGUCCGCUACGCAAAGUUUGUUGCAGAGUUGGCACCAAAACUAGUCAGUGACUGUAAGCGGUCUGAGCUGUGAAACCAUUUGGGAUCAAAAAAUUAGUAUAACCAGUUGCAAAUUAGUAUUCAUGUUCCCUUAUGCAGAUUAAAAGUGAAAACUUCA